AUGAACAACCUCGCUGCCGCCGGCUCGCUAGAUGCACAACAAAAUAGAAGACUGGCCUGCGACAGAUGUCGUGCGCAGAAACUCAAAUGCGUGCGAUCAGAGUUAACCGUGACGUGCCAGCGAUUAGCCUUCCGGAGGAGCGAGUCGAACGGGAAUCCCGGCCUAACCCUUCGCCCCCAGCCCAGUCGCCCCAGUGAACGGCACUCGUCGAUAUCAUCAGCUCGAGCCGGCCAUGUCACCAGCCGUGGCAAUCUCAAGGAUGGGUUCGACAAUGAUACCUUCUUCAGCAUGCUUUACGGCGAUUCCCCGAGUGCCGACUUUGAUUCUUCAACUUUAGGGGAUUGGUCGGCUGCUAGUAGCACAGCUUUCGACCAUUCCUCGUCUUGGCCGAGUGUGGAUAUGGAGCAAUUAGGUGAUUCCGGAGUCGACACCGUGCCUUGGGACAUCACAGGCAUUUCAAUGCCAUCGGCUGGCCCGAAGGCCCUUAAUCGAGGCCGAAUAAUGUCAACGAACAACAGCCAGGGGAAAAGGCAGCCCAGCGGACCCAUCCUGAGACCUAAUGGCACAACUAUGGAGAAUUUCAUUCCAAGCUUGGGCAAGUUGGUGAACUUAGCCGCGCCACAGAACCCAUCUGCGCUCAUGCCAAGACUGAUGGAGCUUGGUAGUGUUAUGUACGAACUUGAGACUACAUACUGCUCCGAUGAGCAGAAUGGCCGGUCGGUGACUGGCUCUUCGGAUGCGUUCCCGACGGAGCUGGCCGGUAAGGUGCUGCAGGCAGCCAUCGGGUUUCUUAAGUUCCUUCGGUGCUUCUUUUCCGAUGAUUCUGUACCGAAUUUCCAGACUAGAGCGGCGCCCGCUCGCCGGCGUAACUCUGCCAUUGACAAUAUUAGCCACACCGAGGACGGUAAUUAUCACCGACUGUUUGGGUUCCACCAGACCUUUGCGGACCCGAGACCUCACCCGCCAAUCGAGUGUGCCUCGCCUCCGCCCUCUUCUUCGGAGCCAUCCCUUCGCCGCAUGCGCGGAGCGGACAAGCCUGCGGCCCUACAGCUCAUCGCGAACUACCUACGGCUCCUACAGCUAUACCUCGUGCUAUACAACGAAAUAUACGACUACAUCCGCUUUACAGAGUCGGAAUUCCGGCACAAUAACCCGAUAUGGAGCGACCUUACAAUCGGUGGCGCGCCGCUAUACCAGUUCGGAGAUUCCCAGAUCAAGCUGGUGCUGCAGGUAGCGACGCAGCUGCUCGAUGAGAUCGAGAGCACCCUAGGUCUGUCCGAGAGCUGCCGCGUCAGCAAGAAGUCGGCGGUAGAAGGGGCAGGCAUCCUCGGCAUGAACGUCACGACGCACUUCAUAGAGAUGUGCAUGUCGGAGGCGAUGUCGGGAAUGGGGCAGGGCCGGGGUGCCAUCGCGCGGUUGAGGGACGUCAUGAGCUGCUUGGCAACCAUGCUCGACACGCCUGUUUGGUUAUGAGGGGCCCGAAUUUUUG